GGCGUGGACGCGGCGGCGUGGGCGGGGCGCCCGGCGUCUGGUGGAGAUGAUAGAUAGUCCCGGGGACUCGGGCCUGUGGGUCGCAUGGACACCCUGGCGCUGGGCCGGUGGCGUCGGCGAAGGCCGGAGGAGUUGCAGGUUCCAGCAGACGCGAAGCGGGUGUGCAGGAGCCUCGAAGCAGCUGCGCAGGAGCGGGGCUGUCCCCAGGUGAAGGCCGGCGCCCUGGUGUCCUGGGGCAGCCGGGAGCUGGAGGCGCAGCCGGGAGGCCUCCCUGCGCCAAGGCCAGCCAGAGGCCAGGGGCCACCGAGUGCGGGGGUCCCUCCGACCGGUGGGAGGAGCUCCGCCCAGCCCUGCCCGAGAUGUAUUGCGGGGGAGUCUGGCCACUUUAACCAUUCCGAGAAUCAGUAGAAGAUGGGAGACGGAAAAGGAAUAUUCCGAUUUUGGUUUGGAACCUCUGUGUGAUGGUGAACGUAACCCUCUUACGGAUGGGUGUGGGUGCACACCUGUGCUCUCAUCCAGGUACCCCACCGCCCUCCGCGACCCAGCCAGUAGGACCCUGUCACUUCCAGAGAGACUACAGAUCGCUGGCACCUCCUGAGCCGUCUCCCCACGCGUCCUGGUGGGAAGGAGGGCGAUUGUGUCAUGGGGACGUUUGAAAACUUCAGUUAUCAAAUCUCCUGUGAGGCUGAGAGCCCCGUGGCUUCUGGAACCGGAUCCAGAUGCGGCCUCCCUUUCAUACUUCGCAGUGGCUUUGUGGGUGCGUCCAGGGCCGCUCAUGCAUUCUUUUUAAUGAAAAGACUUAUUUUUAUACUUAAAUACCUUAUCAUCUUAAACUGAAUUUUACCAAAUGCUGGUGUCCAAGCCGUUCUGUGUGAUUCUGCCCCUGAAGUUCAUCAGGCACAGGGCCCCUUUGACAUUAAAUGGCAAUUUCUCAUUUUC